AUGGCUGUACGUGCACAUCGACUACAAUCAGCUAAACCUCUCACACUUUCACGAUGGUGGUCAAGUGGUUACCAUGGUCAACCGAUUGCUUUUGCCGAUCCAACAGUUAUUUUCUAUGCUAUUGAUGAUGGUUUACGUUUUCAUGAUUUCCUCGAUGAAGACUAUCCAAAAUCUCAAACAUUUCAAGCAAAUGGAAUUGGUGUUGGAGUGAUCGCUGGCAAUGCUGAUACACAUUUAUUUGCAUAUGCUGAUUAUCAAAAAUCACCUAUAAUUCAUUUACAUGAAUAUCCAUCAUUAAACGAAAUAAAACAAUUUAAAGGUGGAGCUGAAUUUGAAUAUACUGCUUUGGAAUUUUCUGCAACUGAUGAAUUAUUAUCUUUAUCAACUGCACCAGAUUAUUUAUUAACAAUUUGGAAUUGGCGUACUGGAAUAAAAUUAGCACAAUGUGAAACAACAAAAAAACAAUUAGUAGAAAUAAGUUUUAAUCCAAACUCUUGGUUUGAUAUUGGAAUACUUUAUAGUGAUCAAAUUAAUUUUUAUACAUGUGAACGACGUAGUGAUAAAUAUGUUUUAUUUGAAAGACAAUUACCUUUAGAAUUAUUUAAUCAAACUAUUGCUCAUAAUCAACCAACACAUCAACAAACAAAAAAAGAACAAUCAGAUUCAGUUAACAUUGCUGAUGUUAUUCGACAUUUUCCAAGUCGAUUUUCAUUUACAUUAGUCGAUAGUACGAUUGGAAUUGAUCAAGGAACAAGUGUAAAACUUGUCGCAUUUGAUACUGAAAAUGAAGAAGCUUUUCAAACAUAUAUCGAUGAAAAAAUUGAACAUGUUGCUACAUCAUUUUGUUGGGGUGAUAAAGGUUAUGUAUUUAUUGGUACAGCUGCUGAUUCUCUUAUUCAAGUUGUUUUACAAUUUGAUCGUGAUAGACAACCAUUUCGUACAACACAUUUUGCAGAUGAAUCAACAAUGAAAGCACAAGGUUCAAUUGGAAUGUUUAAAAAAAUGGGUUUACAUCAACAUGGUCUAUUUUGUGCUGGUGCAGAUAGUAUAAUUCGUUUAAUAACAUUUGAAAAUCAAGAUGCUACAUUACAAGAAGCUACGAAUGUUAACGAUAUUAUAGAAUUAAAAUCAAAAUUAAGUUCAAUAAAAUUUAAUCAAAAUUAUACAAAUUUAUUUAUUUGUUCGACAAAAGGUAUUAAUAUAAUUGAUUUAUUAACCAUGGAACAAAAACCAGUUGUAAUUGUUCCAACUGCACUUGGAAAAAUAGUUGAUGUGACAAUUCUUAGUCCUGCAAGUGAAUUAGUUAUAACAGUACGAGAUACUGGUGCUUUAGAAGCUUGGUCAAUAUCUGAUGGAUCAAGAAAAUAUUUUACACAAAUUGAUAAUGCAAAAAUUAGUCAUGUAGUUGCAAGUCCAGUUUUACCUUUAAUUGUUGUAACAUCGACAACAGGUAUAUUUUAUGUUUUUGAAAUCCAUAACGAUGGUUUCCGUCUUAUACAUCGUGUUCGUGUUCAUUCAAAUGAUGUACGUUGUAUUAAAUUUAAUUCACGUGGUACAUUACUUGUAUCAGCUGGUAUUGAUAAUAGUUUAUUUUUUAUGGAAAUUAAAAGUGAAGAAACAUCAGCAGAAGAUAUAUUUCAAAUAAUUUAUCGAACUGAUCUUGAUGGUGAACCAUUUGCACUUGAUUUAGAUGAAUUUGAUAAUCAACGAAAUAAUAGUACUGAUUCGAAUGAACCACAUGCAGAUAAUGAUGAUGAACAUAAUGAGCAUUAUAAAGAUAAAUUAAAUGAGACGAGAAUUAUGGUUGCAUUAACAACAAAAACAGAAAAACAUGGAAGAUUUCUGAUUAUUGAUUUUGAUUGGCAACAACAUCGAGAAAGUCGUGCUGCAUCAUUAGGCGAUUAUUUUAUAAAUGAUUCAACAACAAAAAUAAUUACAAAAACAUUCUUUGCAAUUCAUGAAACAAUCGAAGAUUUUCUUAUCACAGCUAAAAAUCAAUUAAUUACAAUGGGUGGAAAAACUUUACGAAUGUGUCGUAUACCUGAAGAAAGUGGCAAGAAUAAAGUUGAACGACGAGGACGACGAGGCUUGGGAAAAUUAAUUAGCGUUGAAGCACAAGACUCACUUGCUGGUUUACCUUCUGCUGGUGGUCAUUUAUACAAAAAUAAAGCAAUACCAUCAUGGAUUAUUGGAAUGAGUCGUGAUGGAAUUAUGUCAAUUAUUCGUGCUUCGAAUAUGGCAGUGGAAUCAUCAAUACCAGCACAUACUUUACUUUCAGGUGGCUGUCAUAAAUCUGCUUGGAGUGUUGAUUCAAAAUAUAUUGUUUCAAUUGCUGAAGAUAGUUCAAUUGCUGUUUAUCAAACAAAAUAUGCUGGUAGACUUACGUCACGUGGUGGUCAUGCAUCAGAUGAUUAUAAUCGUAAAAUGAGAAAUUUAACACAUCUUACAAGUUUUAAAAAUACACGAUCAAGUUUAUUUGAACGUAUUCAUGAUCGAUUUAAAGAUUAUGAAACGAAAUUUCAAGAAGUUAAUAUGACACCACCAUCACCACCGAAAGAAGAUUCAUCAUGGACACAAUUAAAAGAAUAUGAAACGACAUUACAAAAUCUUGAUGCACAUUUAACAUCGAAAAUUGAAAUUCGUAAUGAACUUGAUCAUAUACGACAAGAAAUUCGUGAUUUAAUGACAGUUAAUGAUAAACGAGAAGAUAAAGCUCGACUUGAUCAACGAGAAUUCGAUUUAGAUAGUGAAGAACAAGAAAGACAACGUAAAGAAAGAGAUGCUAUGGUUGUUAAAGUGCGUGAUGAAACUAUAACAGAAAAUCUUAAACGCCUUAUGAAACGUGAAGUUAUUAAACAACAAUGUUGGGAUGCAAUGACAGUAAAAGGACGAUGUAUUGAGGGUAUUGUAAAUCCAAAUCGUAAACAAGUUACACCAAUUGCUGUUGAAAAUUACCCAUUAGUACCACGUAGUCUUGAUGAAUUAGAAUAUAUUCGUCAAGUUAUUGAACGACGACGUAUUGAAAUUGGAGAAAGAAAAAUUCGACGACAAAUUUUAACAGAAAAUUCCAAUGCACAAGAAGCUAAACGUGAAGAACCAGCAGUAGGAGAAAAUGAUGAAGAACAACGUGAACAAAUUAAACAAUCCACUGCUUUACUUGGUUCUGUUAGUAAUGAAUUUCAAGUUGAUACAUCUGUACUCUAUAGUCAAUUUGAAUUAUAUACUCAUGAACAAAAAUGGACACAGAUUGUUUUAAUAAAUGAUUUAAUCUAUAAAAUCAAAGAAGCAUUUAAUAAAGAAUUUGAGAAUAUCUAUCAACGUAAAUCACAAGAAUUAGCUAAAAUUCGUGAACGAAAUAUACGUAUUAAACAAAUCAAUUCAGAUUUAGAUGAUACAACACCUGUUUGGGAACCAGAUUUAACUGAAAAAGAAAAACCACAAUUAUUAUUUGAAGUUAAAGAUAGUGAGAUUAAAGUGGAAAGAUAUUAUACACCGGAACAAUUAAGAUUAUUAGAAGAACAACGACUGAAUGAAGAACGUCGACGUGAAAUGGAAAGACUUGAUAAUUGGCGUGAACGUGGUCUUAUUGAUAUGAUGAAUGGUGUUUUACAAGUUCGACGAGAAGAUGAAUUGAAAAAGGAAAUUCCUAAACCAGCAUUUGCACUUGAAAAACCUGAAGAAGAAUGGACAGAGACAGAAAAACAAGCUUAUCAACAAUAUUUACAAAAAGUUAAAGAACAACAAGAAGAAAGAGAAAAAUUACGAAAAGUUUUAACUGCUGAAUCAAGUAAAAUCAAUGAACAAAUUACAGAAAGUUGUCUAGCAUUUGAUCAAGUCUUAUCACAAUUACAUCGAAGACGUAUUACAGCUCAAACAGCAGUUAUUGAAGAAGAAUUAAAAAUUAGUCGUAUAGUAUAUUCUUUAGUUAAAGACCAACUUAUUGAAGAAUUAGAACAAAUAUAUGAAAAUCGUGCUAAAUUAGUCGAAACUAAAGUUCAAGAACUUGAACUUUCAAAACGUGCUUUGGAAGAUGCUGUUGUUAAAGUUGAUGCUGAAAAACGACAAUUAAAAUCGGAAGAUACAUUUGAUAAACAAUUUCCUCGUGAAUUUGCUGAUGUUCCAUCAACAUUACAGGAUCCACUUAAACGUUUAUUAGCUAAACGAGCGAAAGUUAAACAAGCUAAAACAGCAGAUGAUUUAAAUCCGUAUUCAGCUCGGCAAAUGCGUUUAAUUGAACUUGAACUUGAGAGAAUACAAGCAGAAGCUGAUGCAUUUACAAAUGCACCACCAAAUAUUGUUCGAACUGUUUGGGAACGUUUUGUUGAUUUUCGAAAAAAACGUACCGAACUUGAUCGAGAAUUACGACAACAAGAACAAGAAGAAAUAAUGAUUAAAAAUUUAAAAAAUUUACGUGAUGGUGAAUUAACACACAAAAGUACUGAAUUUGAUCAAUUACAAAGUCUUCUUAUCACAACGAAAGAUGCUCGUAUUGAUGAUAUGGUUGAUUUAUAUGUACAAAUUGUUCUUAAACAAGGUCAAGUUGAAAUCGAAGAGAAACCCGCUGAAAAUCCUCCAAAUCAAUAUCGAAAUAAUGAUGUUGAACUUAUUCAUCGACGUGAAGUUGAAGAUUUAAAUGAAUCAAUAAUUGAAUCUGCAAAUUAUAAAAUUCGUCAAAUGGACAAAUCCAAAGGUGUUAUUAAUGAAAUACAAUCAAAUACAUGGGAAAAAGAAAAAUUAAUAUAUGAAAUAGCUGAUUUAAAACAACGUGCACAAGAUAUAACAUAUCUUAAAGUUACACGAAAUAUUCAAGAAUAUUUAGCAUGUAGAAAUGAUGCAUCAUUUGAAUCACAAAAGCAACGUGAAUUACAAAUGUUAGAAGCAACUAUUGAAAAAAUGAGACAACGUUUUGAUGAACAACAAAUGAUAAAAGAUAAUGAACUUCAAAAAUUACAACAUGAUAAUCUAUCUAUUGCUAAUAUAACAUUAGCUGUUGAUGAAGCUCUACAAAAUGCAAAUGUUAAUCUAUAUGAAAGAAAAAAUAUUAUCGAUCAACGAAUUAUUGAACAAUCGAAAGCUGAUCAACAAGAACGUAUUCAUCAAGUCGUACGUCGUCGUCGUUUAGUUGAUCUAGCUAAAGCACAAGCACAAGAAGUUGCUUAUUUACGUGCUGAAGUUGAACGUUUACGUAUGAAAACAUUUCCUGCACUCGUUCAAAUUGAACAUUAA